GCGUGGUGGAGCCCAUUAACUUCAUCCGUUAGUGCACAUGAUGCGCAUUCUCUGGUUUGGUUUGAUGUAUUUGUCCAAACGCACUUUUCCCUCUCCAUCGGGUCCAGGAUCAUGCUGACCCUGCUCAGACCGGAGACCAGCUCUGUGACCCGGGAACUUGACGGGUCCCUGAGACUCCCAACAGCCUGGGUUCGGCUGCUGCGAUGAGCCUGUGACGCAGGACACCCGCGCCGCACCACAUCGCGCACUUCGGAGCCCCUAGAAGCGAAACCAGACGCGCGUCUGCGAUUUCAGCCUUUUCCACAAACCGACGUGAACAUGUGUUUACUGUGUGGAUGCUGAUAUCUGAGUGCUGCCCGUGGGAGAACAGGGGGACCCGAGCUCCGUCGCGUCACCAGCCUGCAGUUUAGAGGAAUUCACCCCGUCUCUGAGGACCACGAACGGCUUUGCUCUGCAAAAAAGUGGAUUUGGAUUUGAUAUGGUUUUAUUUUGAAUGGAUGCUGAUGCGGGGCUGGAUCAGGUGAGCGUUUGUGCGAUGUAACAAAACAGCUGGACAUAGAAACAUCUGGCUGACUUGUGACACCGAGAGGAAACACCUGCUCCUCCUGCGGAGAGGAAGAAUCUCCAUCAGGUUUUUAAAAGAAUGUGGACCUGGAGCCACUGAGACCUUAAAGCUCCACAUCCUCCACUGCCUCAGACAGGUAUGUCCGAGACAAGAACCUGGGCCCCAGGAGAACCUCUGGGUCAGUGUUUAUAGGUGGGAGCACUUGCCACAGUUGACCCUGCCCUGGGUAACGGGGGACUAGAUGGUCUGGCUUGUCCUUGCCUCUGCACCCGCCUGCUGCUGCAGCCAUCUGGGCCUACCUGUUGACUGUGCAACCGCAUCACGAAUCCCUUUCCCUGCAGCUUGACUAGCUACAAGAUGAGGAGGGCUCCGAUGCCCCUGAUUGUUUCCGGCUAUUGCUUCCUCUCUCUGCUGAGCUGCUGGCUGCUGGGCUCUGCCUCACAGAAACCCACUGUGGACUCCCAGCACCCUCAGCAGGAGUAUGCCCACUCCAUCCGGCUGGAUGGCGACAUCAUCCUGGGUGGCUUGUUCCCAGUGCAUGCCCGUGGAGAGAGGGGUGUGCCCUGUGGCGAGCUGAAGAAGGAAAAGGGCAUCCACCGGCUGGAAGCCAUGUUGUUUGCCAUUGACCUCAUCAACAAGGACCCUGAGCUUCUGCCCAACGUGACGCUGGGGGCACGCAUCCUAGACACGUGUUCACGCGACACCUACGCCCUGGAGCAGUCACUCACCUUCGUCCAGGCGCUCAUCGAGAGGGACGGCUCAGACGUUCGCUGUGCCAACGGAGAGCCACCCAUCUUUGCAAAGCCGGACAAAGUGGUGGGCGUCAUCGGGGCAUCGUCCAGCUCCGUGUCCAUCAUGGUGGCCAACAUCAUGCGACUGUUCAAGAUCCCCCAGAUCAGCUACGCCUCCACUGCUCCAGAGCUCAGCGACAACACGCGCUAUGACUUCUUCUCCCGCGUGGUUCCUCCGGACUCCUACCAGGCACAGGCCAUGCUGGACAUCGUCACAGCACUGGGCUGGAACUACGUGUCCACGCUGGCCUCUGAGGGAAACUAUGGCGAGAGUGGUGUUGAGGCCUUUGUCCAGAUCUCCAGAGAAUCAGGUCGGGUGUGCAUCGCUCAGUCUCUGAAGGUUCCUCGGGAGCCAAGACCUGGUGAGUUUGACAAGAUCAUCCUCCGUCUACUGGAGACACCUAACGCCCGCGCUGUCGUCAUGUUCGCCAACGAGGACGACAUCCGGCGCAUCCUCGAUGCGGCGAAACGUAACAACCUGACGGGUCACUUCCUGUGGGUGGGCUCUGACAGCUGGGGCUCUAAGAUCGCGCCGGUGGUCCAGCAGGAACAGGUGGCUGAGGGUGCUGUCACCAUUCUCCCCAAGAGAGCAUCUGUGGAUGCAUUUGACCGUUACUUCAAGAGCCGCUCUCUGUCCAACAACCGCAGGAACGUCUGGUUCGCCGAGUUCUGGGAGGAAAACUUCGGCUGUAAGCUGGGGAUGCACGGCAAGAGGCCCGGCAGCCCCAAGAAAUGUACAGGUCUGGAGAAAGUGGGCCGUGACUCCACCUACGAGCAGGAGGGGAAGGUGCAGUUUGUGAUGGACGCCGUAUAUGCCAUGGCCCAUGCUCUCCACCACAUGCAUCGUGAGCUCUGCGCAGGAAACCCCGGCUUGUGCCUGCGUAUGGCUAACAUUGACGGCAAAGAGCUGCUGGCCCACAUCCGCUCCGUCAACUUCAAUGGAAGUGCAGGGACUCCAGUCAUUUUUAAUGAGAACGGUGAUGCUCCUGGACGCUAUGACAUCUUCCAGUAUCAGAUGAACAACAGGUCAACAGCGGAAUACAAGGUCAUCGGACACUGGACCAAUCAGCUGCUUAUAAACAUGGAGGCCUUGCAGUGGACCAUAGGUGACUCCUCGCUGCCUCUCUCGGUCUGCAGCUUGCCCUGCCAGACUGGCGAGAGGAAGAAGGUGGUGAAGGGUGUCCCAUGCUGCUGGCACUGCGAGCGCUGUGAAGGUUACCACUUCCAGGCCAGUGAGUUCACCUGCGAGCUCUGUCCCUACGAGAAGAGACCCAAUGAGAACCGCACCAGCUGCCAGCAAAUCCCCAUUAUCAAGCUGGAGUGGCAUUCGCCCUGGGCGCUGGUGCCUGUCUUCAUUGCCGUCCUGGGCAUCAUCACCACCACCUUUGUCAUUGUCACUUUUGUCCGCCACAACGACACCCCGAUUGUGCGUGCCUCGGGGCGGGAGAUGAGCUAUGUGCUGCUGACAGGCAUCUUCUUGUGUUACAUUAUCACCUUCCCCAUGAUCGCCACGCCUGGUAUUGUCGUCUGCUCCUUCCGGCGCAUCUUCCUGGGCCUUGGCAUGUGCUUCAGCAAUGCCGCACUGCUCACAAAGACCAACCGAAUCUACCGCAUCUUCGAGCAGGGCAAGAAGGCAGUGACAGCCCCACGGUUCAUCUCACCCGCCUCCCAGCUGGUCAUCACCUUCUCGCUCAUCUCAGUCCAGCUUCUGGGCAUCCUCGUGUGGUUUGCCGCCGACCCUCCCCACACCUUCGUGGAUUAUGGAGAGCAGCGCACACAGGAUCCCAGGAAUGCUCGUGGGGUACUCAAGUGUGACAUCUCUGACCUGUCACUCAUCUGCUCGCUGGGAUACAGCAUCCUCUUGAUGGUCACAUGCACUGUUUAUGCCAUCAAGACACGUGGCGUGCCAGAGACAUUUAAUGAGGCCAAACCCAUUGGAUUUACUAUGUACACAACCUGCAUCAUCUGGCUCGCCUUCAUCCCCAUCUUCUUUGGCACGGCACAGUCAGCAGAGCGGAUGUACAUCCAGACAGCCACGCUGACCGUCUGCCUCAGCCUCAGCGCCUCCGUCUCUCUGGGCAUGCUCUACAUGCCAAAGGUCUACAUCAUCAUCUUCCACCCCGAGCAGAAUGUCCCCAAACGUAAACGCAGCUUUAAGGCCAUCGUCACCGCUGCCACCAUGAGCAGCAAGCUGUCGCAGCUGGCGGCCGAGCGGCCCAACGGUGAGGUGAAGACGGAGCUGUGCGAGGGCGUGGAAGCCAGCGUGCCCCCGACUAAAACCACCUACGUCAGCUACACCAACCACGCCAUGUGAAGAAACACCCGGACAUCCAACUAUCGAGCAGACUCAGAGGAGAUGUCAUCAGAGCCCGAGCCAGGCCUGAGGCGCUCUGAACAGUCUAAAGGAUCAGAGCACUGACAAACUGAACCAACACAUCUGUGGUGUUUUUAUGUUUACAGACAGCGGGGAACAGCCUAAACAGGCCAAGGCCCUGAUGGGAUUGCAACUGAAAACCAUCCGAGAGAAGCUGCAAAAAGCAAGAGGAUGGUAAAAAAAUAAAAAUAAAGCAACACUACAAAAAUAAAUACAAAAGAGAAAGUGUUGGGACCAGCGAUGUUUGUUGUUAUUUUAAUUGUAUGAAAAAAAAAAGUGUUGUGAAAAUUUCUGAUUCUUGUCUCAUGUCGUCUGUUUGUCGACCUGCAUUAUGACAUGAGUUUGUUGCUGUUUUCAGCUAAAUGAACAGUAGCUUUUGGUUGUGAAAUGUCUAAAUGCUAUGGUUGAAAUGAAGCAUGCCCGUUUUUAUACGAAUGAUCUAUUUAUAAUAAAGGAAUGUUUCACAGG